CCCGCUCGAGGACUAGGCGGGCCGGGGCUGCCAGACGGACUGACCCGCGGACACACGGAUCCGGCGCCCGGAGAGGAGCCGCUGCCGCCUGCCGCUCGUCACCAUGGACCCUCCCUCCCUGGACACAGCCAUCCAGCAUGCCCUGGCGGGCCUCUACCCUCCCUUUGAGGCCACGGCGCCCACCGUCCUGGGUCAGGUGUUCCGGCUCCUGGACUCUGACUUCCAGGGGGAUGGACUGAGCUUCCUCCUGGAUUUCCUGAUCCCUGCCAAGCGCCUGUGUGAGCAAGUGCGCGAAAUGGCCUGCGCCUCCUACUCUCACCGCCUCUUCCUGCACGAGGGCUGGCCGCUCUGUCUGCGGGACAAGGUUGUGGUCCACUUGGCACCGCUCAAUCCCCUCCUGCUGCGCCGGGGUGACUUCUACCUCCAGGUCGAGCCCCAGGAGGAGCAGGCUGUCUGUGUCAUGGUCAAAUACCUCUCCCUGGACCUCCGUAUGGUGGACGAGAAGCCUGUUCCCGAGGGGUCCUACCCUCUGCUCUUCACCCAAGAGUGGCUGGAGGCCCUCAACAACGAUCUGGAGGGACGUCCCCUAUACAACUGCCUGGUGGCGUCAGAGAAUGGGAUUGCCCCUGUGCCCUGGACUAAGAUAACCAGCCCAGAGUUUGUGGAUGAUGGACCCCAGGCAGUGAAUGUCCUCUCCCCGGCCCAGGGGUCCCUUCAGCUAGAGACCUUGGGUUCGAGCAGCCCUCCAGAGCUGCCCCAGGCCAAGUCCCCCGACAACCAGGUGUUUCUCGCCCAGAGUUUAGCCAAGGGCAAGGACAGAACGUGUGGGAACAAGUAUCCGGGGCUCAUCAAGGUGGAACAAGCCAGGCCUGGGGAGAUGGCCUUCAGGAUGGAUGAUGUGGCCAGCCGGGACUUGGAGGGAGACUAUGUGGCUCUCCUGGACUUCUCCCAAGAGAGGAGAGGAGCAUCUCCCAGUAGGGAGAUGGGGACAUCCAGCGGGUGUACUUUGAGAGCACUGGAGGACAUACCUGGAACCAAGGCAAUCCCUUUCUCUCAAAAGGUGCUGCCUCACUCAGAGGCCGAUGAAGGACCUUCCUUGGAAAAAUGGGCUUGUACAAAGCCAGCAAGCUCAGAGGAGGAGUCCUGCAUCGGGGGCUUGAGGAGAAAGUUCAGCCAUAAAGCAUCCAUCCAUGAGCCGGAACAACAGCCCCAGGGGCCCUGCAUCCGUAUCCCUGCAGAUCCACGGGGCUGUGCCUCCGGCCUCAGGACAGGCGUCUCAGAAAAGCCAACCACCUCCCAGAUUCAAGGACCUCCAGGAAACCCAGAGAGCAUGGUCCCAGUCAGGCCUGAACCAAGACAAGCUGCAUUGCCCUGCGUGGUCUCAGCUUCUCCUGUGACUCCAGGCUCUGAAACCAAGAGGGAGGAGACCAAACAGGGCAGGGGGCGACUUCCCAGGCCCAUGCCCCGCCCUGGUCGCAACCCCACCUCCUCCAGAUCCCCCACUCCUGGGCGCAAGUUCUCAUUCUUAAAAGGGCGGAGGCGGUCCCCAGCACCCCCAGAGACAGUCUCACUCCAGCAUGAGGGGCCUUGGAAAGUUCUGUGUUCACUCUACUCUCCCAAAUUCAACCAGGCCUCAUCCUUGGAGAAAGCUGGAACAAUCCAGACCAGAACAUCUGACUCAGUCACCAACUCAGGCCCACUGGCCUCAGAAAAGACUGGCUUCCCAGAAGCUUCUGCCGGCCCCACCCUGCACAAGGAGCCCCCAGAGCCUGCUCCUGGGAUUGGGGCUCUGAGCGUCAAAGUUUUCCGCUCUGGGAUAGCAUGCCUGCCAGGCGGCCGGGACAGGGCUGGGCGGCCCCUGCUUCUGGUGUCCACGACAGAGGGGGCCUGGGACGCACCCUGGUGCACAGCCUCAGAGGUCACUUCGCUGCUCUGCUACCUGUGCACCGUGGCCAGAUCUGAAGAUAAAGCCAAGGGGCUAGCGGUCCUGAUUGAUGCCCGGAAGCAGCCCCCUCAGCCUGGCCUAGUCAGCGCCCUGCAGGCCACCCAGGCCCGGGUCCCGGCCGCCAUCCAGGCUGUCCUCUUCCUGGGGGAGAAGGAGGCUGCUGUCCAGCUCAAGGCACUGCCCGAUGCCCAGGUGGAAGUGCUGACCUCGCUGAGGGCCCUCAGCCAUCAUGUGGACCCUGGCCAGCUGCCCACAGCCCUGGAAGGCCCCUUCCCCUACUGCCACAGCGAGUGGGUGCACUUCUUCCAGAGGUUGGACCCUUUCCUUGCUGACCUUCGCCAGGCCUCCUCCCUGCUACAGGCCUCUAUCGAGGAGUUCGAGAAGGCCACCCCCACUGGAGACAUGCAGGAGGCCACCAGGUGUCUGAGCAAGUCCAAAGAGCUGAUGGAGGUGGUGCUGAGGGACCCGGGCUUGCUGGGCCUCCAGCGGGAAGGUGGCGCCACCCUGGCCAGGCUGCAGCGCGAGGCCAGCAGACUGGAUUUCAACCCUGACGUCAGGAGCCAUCUGGCUGAAGCCACCACGCUGUACAGCCUUGUGGAUGAGCAGCUUCAUGUCCUGGUCACUGCGUCCAACGCCCUCCUGGGGAGGCUGGAGCUCCGCAUCCGCCUGGGCCACCUGGAAGCCGCCAUCCAGCAGGUCAGCGACUGGAUGGAGCAGGAGGGCAGCCGGUGUCUGCAGGUGCUGAUCCCCAAGGAUGGAGGCUUGGAGGCGGCAGAGAAAGCCCACGCGGACUUUGAGGACUUCUUCCUUCAGGCUGCAGCCCAGUACCGCCGAGGCCUGGAGCUGUCCAAGCAGGCGGCCCAGCUGGGAGCUGCAGCGAGCGGCGCCGGGGAGGCAGGAGGAACGGAGUUCCCGGAGCUGGCAGCCUUCACCUCCAUGCAGCGGGCCUUCCAGGCUAGGCUGACACACUUCUACAUGGCAGCCGAACGGCAGCGCACGGACCUGGAGACGCUGCUGCACCUGCACCGCUUCUGCAGGAAGGUGGCCUGGUUCUACAUGGACUGUCAGGACCUGAUGACCCAGCUCAGGCUGGGCAAGGCCCAGAGAGUCAGCCCCGGGGACCAGCGCCGCCUCCGCCGCUACCUGCAGCGCCUGGCGUCCGAGUUCCCCGCUGAGAAGCUUGCGGCCAUGGGGCUGCAGGUGGCCUCCCUGAGCUGGGCGGGCCUAGGCCAGGACCUGUGGGAGGAGGCCCGGGCGAGACACCAGGAGAUCCAGACCCUCCUGGAGAAGGCGCUGACCCACUGCCCGUGGCCUGCCACUCCUGCCGUCAACCUGGCAUGCCCAGAAGGAAGGGGGGCAGUGGCCAAAGGCCAGGGUCCCAACAAAGAAGCCCCUUCCAAGGGGCCACGGGACCUGCCCCUGCAGGACUCGCUGGGCGUGGACCUUUUGCCUAAGGCCUGUUGGUCUCCUCGGGCCCCCAGAGGAGGGCAGAACAGACAUCUCCAGACAGGCGCUGCCCCCCAGGAAGCUGGCCAGGCCGCAGAGGCUGACAAAGGCCCCAGCUCUCACGCACCCCCUUCCCCUGCCCCAGAACGCUGUCCUGCCUCCCUCUUCCCCUGGCCAAGGUUCCCCAGGCAGAGCCAGGUCCUCCACCCCACCGGGGACAGCUUCUCCUCAGAGGGGACGGACUCACAGACGUCUCUGGAGGAUUCACCCCAGACGAGCCCCCGUGCGUCCCUCUAG